AUGACGGGCAACUGGCCCGAGGCGCAGGUGCGCAAGACCUUCUUUGACUUCUUUGAGCAGAGGGGUCACACGCUGGUGCCCUCUGGUUCCGUCGUCCCUCACAAUGACCCGACCCUGCUCUUCACCAAUGCGGGCAUGAACCAGUUCAAGCCCAUCUUCUUGGGCACCGUCAACAAGUCCGACCCCAUGUCCAGCCUGAAGCGCGCCGUCGACACCCAAAAGGUCAUCCGCGCCGGUGGCAAGCACAACGAUCUCGACGAUGUCGGCAAGGACAGCUACCACCACACCUUUUUCGAGAUGCUGGGCAACUGGUCAUUCGGCGACUACUUCAAGAAGGAUGCCAUCGAGAUGGCCUGGGAGCUGCUGACCAAGGUGUAUGGCCUGGAUCCUUCACGACUCUAUGUUACAUACUUUGAGGGCAACUCCGCCCUCGGCCUCGAACCCGACCUCGAAGCCAAAGAGUUGUGGCAGAAGACUGGCGUGCCCGAGGAUCACAUUAUUCCCGGAAACAUGAAGGAUAACUUUUGGGAGAUGGGUGACCAGGGUCCUUGCGGUCCUUGCAGUGAGGUUCAUUACGACAAGAUCGGAGGACGCAACGCCGCCAGCCUUGUCAACAUGGAUGACCCCAUGGUUGUCGAGAUCUGGAACCUCGUUUUCAUGCAAUUCGACCGACAAAAGGAUGGAAGCCUGAAGCCUCUCCCCGCGAAGCACAUUGAUACCGGUAUGGGCUUUGAGCGUCUGGUGUCUGCGCUCCAGGACACCGCCUCCAACUAUGCCACUGAUGUUUUCACCCCUCUAUUCAAGAAGAUCGAGGAAGUCACUGGCGCGAGACCAUAUACCGACAAGUACGGCGCAGAUGAUACCGAUGGCAUUGAUACUGCUUACCGAGUUGUCGCCGAUCAUAUCCGAACCAUGUCAUUUGCCAUUACUGAUGGCGCCGUGCCUAACAACGACGGCCGUGGCUAUGUCAUUCGACGAAUUCUCCGCCGUGGAGUUCGAUAUGCUCGCAAGUACCUCAAUGCAGAGAUUGGCUCAUUCUUCUCUAAAAUCCUUCCUGCUUUGAUUGCGCAGAUGGGCGAGCAAUUCCCCGAUCUUGCCAAGAAGCAGCUGGAUAUCCAGGAGAUCCUCGAUGAGGAAGAAGAGGCCUUUUCUCGAACCCUGGAUCGUGGCGAGGCCCAAUUCGAGAGAUAUGCCGCCAAGGCCGCUAAAGAUAACGUCAAGAAGCUGGAGGGAGAUGUUGUGUGGAGACUCUACGAUACAUUUGGUUUCCCUGUCGACUUGACCAAAUUGAUGGCUGAAGAGCGAGGCUUGGAUAUUGAUGAGGCUGAAGUUGCGGUUGCCCGUGAAAAGGCCAGGGAGGCUAGCAAGGCUGUCAAGGACUCAGUACAGACAUUUGCAAAGCUUGACGUCCACCAGAUUGCCGAGCUCGACACACAGCUCAAGGUCCCACGAACAAACGACGACGCAAAGUACCUCAAGGGCGACAGCAAGAGCAAAGUGCAGUACAUCUUCGACGGAAAGACUUUCACCAAGUCGACCAAGGAUAUUGCUCCCAACACCGCCAUUGGUGUUUUGCUGGACAAGACCAACUUUUACGCCGAGUCUGGUGGUCAGAUUGCUGAUACUGGCCGCAUUGUCAUUGACGAUGUUGUCGAGUUCAAGGUCAUGGACGUGCAAGACUUUGGUGGCUACGUUCUCCACAGCGGUUACAUUGAAUACGGAGAGCUCAACUCUGACGACGAGGUCAUUUGCGAAUAUGAUGAGCUCCGCCGUUCUCCCAUCCGUAACAACCACUCUGGCACACACAUUCUCAACCACUCCCUGCGGGAAGUGCUCGGCGAGGAUGUCAACCAAAAGGGCUCACUGGUCGACAAUGACAAGCUGCGUUUCGAUUUCUCACACAAGACCCAGGUUAAGCUUGACGAGUUAAGAAAGAUUGAAGAGCUUUCAAAUAAGGACAUUCGUGCCAACCAUAAGAUCUACGCCAAGGAGGUGGAGCUGGACCUUGCGCUCAAGAUUGAGGGUCUUCGUGCCGUCUUUGGCGAGACCUAUCCUAACCCCGUGCGAGUGGUGUCAAUCGGCAUGGACGUUGACACCAUGAUUGCCGACCCCAAAAAGGCUGAUUGGCGACAGUACAGCGUUGAGCUUUGCGGUGGAACCCACGUAGAGCAGACCGGUUUACUCAAGGAUCUCAUCAUCGUUGAGGAAAGCGGUAUUGCCAAGGGUAUCCGUCGUAUUAUCGCUUACACCGGUGAGGCUGCUCACAAGGUCCAGCGCGAAGCCAAGCUGUUCGAGCAGAAGCUGCUAGAUCUCGAUAACCUUCCCUUUGGCCCUGAGAAGGAGGCUGCAGUCAAGACCGUCUCACAGGAGCUCAGCCAGUUGGUCAUCUCAACGCUGACCAAGGACGAGUUCAACCAGCGUUUCCAGAAGAUUGCCAACGCCGUUGUUGCCGAGCAGAAGAAGAAGCAAAAGGCGGAAUCCAAGACUGCUAUUGACACUGUUACCAAGCACUUUGAGGCGAACAAGGAGAGCCAGUGGUUCGUUGGCCGACUGCCCAUCAGCGCCAACGCCAAGGCCGUGGGCGAGGUCAUCAAGCACUACCAGUCCAAGGACAAGGCAAAGUCUGUUUAUCUAUUUGUCGGUAGUCAGGAGGAAGGCGCUGUUGCGCACGGAGUUUAUGUUGGAACACACUUGGCUUCACAGGGAGUUACUGCUGAGAAGUGGGCUGCCUCUGUAUCCGACGUCAUCGGUGGCCGCUCCGGUGGUAAGGAGCCGUCUCGCCAAGGCCAGGGAACUCAGCCGGAGAAGAUUGAGGACGCUGUUGAGACUGCACGAAAAUGGCUUGACGAGAAGUUGAAGCUUUAA